CGGAUGUAGAAUGCUCAGAGGGCUUUGGCUUCUUGUUCCUCCUCGGUUGCUAGGAGGGGGCCUGGCUCCAACGUCUCAAUACAGGCCAAGAUGUCCACUAUGACCCAGAAGUAUUUCCUGGAAGGUCAGACGUACUCUGUUCCCCUCAUCCAGCCUGACCUCCGCAGGGAAGAAGCUAUUCAUCAGAUAGCAGAUACACUUCAGUAUCUGCAAAAAAUCUCAGGUGAUAUCUUCAACAGGAUCUCCCAACAAGUGGAAGCCAGCCGGGCACAGCUGCGAGCAAUCGAUGAGCGGGUCACCCUUGCUCAGGCCAAAAUCGAGAAGAUAAAGGGCAGCAAGAAGGCUAUUAAGGUGUUUUCCAGCUCUAAAUACCCUGCACCAGAGCGGCUGCAAGAAUAUGCUUCUAUUUUCUCUGGUGCUCAGGAUCCAGAGGCACAGAAACAACCAAGGCACAAGAUUCAGAGCAAGCACAGAGCAUUGGAUGAGAAAUCCUUGCAGGAGAAGCUGAAGUACUUCCCAGUUUCAGUUACCACAAACGUCCAUCAUGAAGAUGAUGCAGAAGAAGGCCUUGGCAGUCUUCCCAGAAACAUUAGUUCCCUCAGCUCCCUGUUGCUCUUCAAUACCACCGAGAACCUGUAUAAGAAGUAUGUCUUCCUUGAUCCUUUGGCUGGUGCAGUAACCAAGACCCACGUGGCUCUUGAGACAGAAAGAGAAGAAAAGCUUUUUGAUGCCCCCCUCUCUAUCACCAAGAGGGGGCAACUUGAUCAGCUGGUGGCUGAAAAUUACUUCUAUGUACCAGACCUAGGGCAGGUACCCGAGAUAAACGUGCCAUCCUAUCUGCCUGACUUGCCUGGCAUUGCUGCAGACCUCAUGUACAGUGCUGACCUUGGCCCUGGCAUUGCACCUUCUGCUCCUGGGGCUGCUAUACCUGAGCUGCCCACCUUCAGUACAGAACCCACAGAGAUCUUCCGGCAAGAUCUUCAAGAGGGGGGGCCUCCACCCCCUCCCCCCAAUACGCCAUCUGCUGCUGUUCAAGGAGCACCAAAGGAAGUUGUGAAUCCAUCAAGUGGCCGGGCCACUCUUCUGGAAUCCAUCCGCCAAGCUGGUGGCAUUGGGAAGGCCAAGCUCCGUAGUGUCAAAGAGAGGAAACUAGAAAAGAAAAAGCAGAAGGAGAAGGAGCAAGUGGGAGCUACUGGGCAAGGCGGAGAUCUGAUGUCAGAUCUCUUCAACAAAUUGGUCCUCCGGCGCAAAGGCAUCUCGGGCAAAGGACCAGCGGCUGGUGGAGACAGCAACACACCCAAUGUGCCAGCUGGUGCUUUUGGCCGCAUCUCAGACACAAUUCCACCCCUGCCACCUCCACAGCAGCCAGCUGGGGAAGAGGAUGAGGAUGACUGGGAGUCCUAGAUGGCCCUUCAGAAGGAAACAUAUGGAAGUUUAAUAGAGACGCAUCUUGUUGUUUGACGUUUCCAUCUUUUUGAGAAUACUUAGCAGUGGAUAUUGCCACUUUGCCAUCCACUCCAGAACAGCAACAUGAACGAUCUCUAAUUACACACUCAGCAGAAUCUGCCACCAUGCAAUUUGCAUUCAAGGAUGAUGAGAAACGGUUUCCAUCUUAGAAGAGCCUCCGUGGUUGAACCUGGCAUGUGAAAACGUUUAGGCAUUUGGCAUCUGCAACAAGACUCAGCUUUGAAGUUGGGGAAGAACCUGAGCUUCAAAGGGUACCCAGCUACUGCUAAGAACAGCUUUUUUUCUCUCUCAACGCUCAUAUCCUUUCCAGCUCUGUAAAGAAGAGCAUUUGCCUGUUCAGUGCAAAUAUUACAUAUAAACAAGCAUUUAUUCUACUAUUUACCUUGAAUGCCCUAAAUGAAAAGCUAAAAGAAGCCUGACUGCUUUUGCAUCCUUGUGCAAUAGGAACCAAUUUCAGUGGACAAAACUGGAAUCAAGGGUGAUGCAUUAUUAGCUUGCAUACAGGAAAAUGUAUUAACCUCUUCCCAAAAGCAUACUUUGCUUUACCUUUCUUGUCCUUGUCUUACUUUCAAUUACCUGUUGUGAAAGGUAGUAUUUCUUUGCAGCAUCAGGGUGGAAACUCAAGUGUGUUAAGGCAAUGCCACACAGUUCAGUUGCUCUAGGUAUCUUUAAGCAUCGGCGAACAUGUUUCUCACAAUAUCCGCCUGAGCUACACUUCUGGGCCAUGUGUGCGUGCUCGCUGAACAGUGUUAUAAACCUCUCUGGUUUGAAAAUGUCACCAGUAAGCUAUGUGUAAGGGAUGAUGCUUUUCUUUCUAUCUCUGUGCAAGUAAGCUAAAAAAUAGUAUAAAGCAAGUACUUAAAGAAGGAAAGGAUUGGAUAAUGUAGCUGUGCAGCAAUUCAAAGGUAAAAAGAUGCUUUGAAACACUCACAUAGCAACUGCCCACAAUCUUUUCCCAGGAUCAUGCAGCUGCCUUUCGUUUGAAGCAGUGUUGCUCAACCUCGGUAA